AUGGCCGCUUAAGAUCUGUCAUAAGAAACCGUUAAGUUGAUUGGUAAAUUACCACUGUUAAACGUAAUCUCAUUGGCCUAACCAGCACGAGCUGCUGAAAGCAAGAACUGCCAGAAAAUAAGGGGGCACGGAUUUAAUCGUUGUUCGCGUACAUUUUUGAUUUGCAAUGCCAGAGCUAGAGGCGUUCCGCCAGGUAGAUGAGAAGUAUGUGUCAGUUGAGGCAGAGCUGAUGGAAUGGUCUCCAAAGUUUGAUCUCGUUGCGCUCUCAAACAUACAGGGAGAGGUUGUGUUGCACCGGUUGACAUGGCAGAAGGUUUGGUCUUUGCCAGCCCAGAAUGAAGAGACGAAGGUGAAAGCCAUGGCUUGGAGACCUGAUGGCAAAGUGCUGGCAGUGGGGUACAGCAGUGGUCAGGUGGUCCUAUGUUACAUUGAGAAUGCUGAGGUCCUUCAUACGAUAGAGGUCGGCAGCCAAGUGACCUCCCUUUCCUGGGUGUGUCACGCAGCCCCUAAAUGCGGAGCUUCAACCCUCUCUGACCCCUAUCUACAGGACAACACUGCCACCUACCUGCCCAAGCUGCAUCCCCUUAAUAAGAGCUACGGAAGUUUGUCGAAAGGAAAAAGUGAGGACAAUGUAGAAGAUAAGAAGAAGCUCCAAAGCCAGAAACAGCUGAAUGUGUUGGUGAUAGGCAGCUGCAGUCAGGAGGUCCAGCUCUACAUCUACGGGGUGUUCCCUGUCGCCAAGGUUACUGUUGGAGAAGAGAUCAGUAGCGAGUCCGUGGAGAUUGUGAAUGCAGUCCUGUCAGAGGACCUGACCAGUCUCCUUGUUGUGCUCAAACAGUCCAGCAGUGGGGACCAAGAAUUCACUCUGCACACGUUUGACACCCGCUUGCUCACGUCUCACGACAAUGAGUUGAAGCUGUUGGCUCAGAAAUAUGGACAGAUAGCCACCUUCAUUCAGUACCUGGACGCCACAGUACAACAGAUGCAAGAGGCGUGGGAGGACAUACUGCUGGAGAUGGACUCAAAACUGUACACCUUUGCUAAACAGAAACAGGCGUCUGGUGCUGGAACUGUGAGCAAUGACUUCCUGGAACUGCUGCUGUUUGGGGUGCCUAGCCCAGAGCUGCGGACCUUUCUGCUGUGUGAGCUGACAGAUAAGGGCGUAAAGAAGCUGGGCCACUCUAUUGGGACCUCCUACUCCAAUAUUCAGAAGCUUGUGGUCAAACAUCUGCAAACGGUGAGCCAGGCAAUCCUAUACCAGCUUGGAGAGAUGAAGGGUAUGGCCCAGUGCUAUGAGAAGUUCGGUGUGCUGGGUGUGGACCCAGACAGGCUGCACAAGGCUCUCAUGACAACCGGCUCCUUUGUGCUCAAGACAAGUGAGCUGCAACAAGUCAUCGAUGGCAGCAUAAAGAAUUUCAAGGCAUUUUUUAAAUGGCUGUAUGUAGUGAUUCUAAGACUGUCUGAUGAAAAGCCACCAGCUGAGCUUAGUGAAAUGACCCAGCAUGAUGUGAACUUUGUUGCAGACUUCCUCAGGGACAACUUUGCUCAGUUUACAGAGAGGGAGGAGGAGGAGUCUAUAGAAGACCUGCGUGCUACGUCUCCCACAGACAAGAAACCAGGCUUCAAACUGGAGAAGGUUGGACAGUAUUUGAAGAAAGAGAGGUUGAGCUGCCCACCUGACAUCUCCAACAAUCCCUGGGUGCAGUUCACACGCGCCAGUCCCUCACUCAAAGAUAGCAAGGUGCUGUACCCAGUAGAAAGCAACAAGUCCCUUCUACAACUGCAGGAGUCCCUGGAACAGGACACAUAUGCAAUGCUGCAUAAACCUGCUCUGACCAUAGGCAAGUCAGUACAGUGCGUGUCCUCCCUCUACCUCUUCUCCACAUGUCCCAGAGAGGAUCAUUCAAGACAUGUCACUCCAAAAUUCUCCCAAUUCACUUCUGGCAGUUUACACCUGAUGUUCACUUUGUUUUUGUCGGAGUGCCAGCCCAGUGACAGACUUCAUGUGCUGUUCCAGCCUACAGAUGCACACAGUGUGGAUGGUGGAGUAAAGAUUGUCUCUGUGAGGUUCAGUUCGCUACCGAGACCUGAACUCCUCAACUGCAGCAGUGAGUCCAACCCAGAACAGAGUGAUGCUCUACGGGUGCUGGAUGUGGCCUACUAUGAUGAAGGUCACAUGACCUGCCUGCUGGUGGAGGACAACGCUGACCAGACCCCUGCCCUAGUCAAACUUGCACUUGGUCCCCUGGUGACCAGGCCGUGCACUCAAGUCACAGCCACCGUUGAUGUGAACAACUGCACUGACAUUCCGGUGGUAGAUGUUUGUGACAUGGAGGAUGUUCAGUAUCGCUGGCUGCCCAAUAUGAAGGCUCAUUCUUUCGCUGUCAGUGGAACACGACACACUGCCACUGUGCUGUUCUCAUCUCGAAGAAGAGUCCGAAUCUUCCUAAUGGACGCAGAUCAAGACGAUGAUGAUGACGAAGAUGAUGUAGAUGGUGACAUCACAGCGGACCAAUCAACUAUCAACCAAUCAGCUUGCAGCUCUAAAAAUAGCACCCAAUCAGAGAUGCAGAUGCUGGUAGAUGGAAGUGAUCUGGGAGUUGAAGGUGAGGACAAGGAAAACAGCAGUAGACGGGCCAGUAACGGGGAGCAGGCAACAUAGAGGCAGUUACCAUGGCAACCAAACUAGGUCACUUGACAUUGUUAUACGACUGCUCUAUUUAGGUCUAUCGGAACCAGACUAGGUCACCUGGGAGUGUUAUAUAACCAGUCCAUUUGGGACGACAGGAAUCAGACUAUCCUAAAAAAAUAGUGAUUUAUGAUUUGUUUAUAAUUAUACAAAUGUAGCAAUCAGAUUGUCAGAAUUAUAUUGUGAUCAGUUUCAUAACAGCUGUUUCAUCCAACCACAUUGUAUGGCCAUUUAAGACAGGAUGUCUGUUUGGUCCAUGUUAUAGCUGCUAUUCUGUUAUACCGGUAUUUUCAAUGGCAUAGGUAUCUUUUUAUGCCCCCGGAUCAAAUGAUCGGGGGUAUAUUGUUUUUGGCCUGUCUGUCUGUCAUUCUGUCACUCUGUCAUUCUAUCCCAAAACUUUAAUUUGGUUAAAGUUUUGCUAUAACUUUUGCAAUAUUGAUGAUAGCAACUUGAUGUUUGGCAUGCAUGUGUAUUUCAUGGAGGUGCACAUUUUGAGUGGUGAAAGGUCAAGGUUAUUUAAGGUCAAAGGUCAAAUAUAUGGCUUCAAAGUGGCGCAAUAGGGGGCAUUGUGCUUUUGACCAACACAUCUCUUUUUUUUUCUUAAUCCAGUAAAAAAUUGCCAACAAUUGGUUGGUUUUAAGAUUUUUGGAUAUUGAGCUGUUAAUUAUUGAACCAAAUAGUUUGAUGUUGUAAUAUCCAUGUAAGUGGUAUCUUUCAUUUUUAGUAGUUUGUGUCAGUUUUAUCAAUAAUUAUUCAAAUUUUAUAAAUCAAGCAAUAGUGAUUUUUUACAAAUUAAGUUUUAAUUGGUGCUAAAAUCCCAAAUUCACAAGUAAACUAGUAAUUCAUAUAGUUUAAACCUAUUUAUUUUAGCUCAAUUGCAUAGAAAGCCAAGGCUUAUUUGAAACGCUCUCGAGUCCGAUUCCUGGGACUAGAACCAGUACUUGGUGUCUUUGGGGGAUAUCUAAAGAACGCUCCCUCAGUGGGGAUCGAACCCGUGACCUCCCGGUCGCUAGGCGGACAUCAUAUUGAUUACACCACGGCGACCUUAAAUAUAGCCAAAGAUGUUGAAAAAAGCCAUACAGGAUGAACAGCGUUAUUAGAAGUGUACUAAUGUAUUAAUGUUGUGAUCAUUGUGUCUGACAGUGACACAAUUGUUUAAGGUACAGAAAAUUGUUUACGGUACAUGUAUGCUUUGGACAUUUUAUACUGUUUUUCAUUGAUUGCUGAUUUUGUUGCCAAGAGUUAUGUGGGAUCCUACAUAAGGGACACAAACUUAGGAUGAAUUGAAGAAGAGACAUGCUUUAUAGUAAAAAUAGCAUGUAAACUAAUCAUUUAAAAGAAGACAUGCUGUAUAGGGUACUGAUUCUUUUCAAUAACAUUUUGUUUGGCGCAUGUUAAGUUGCACAAUUUAGAUUUUAUUGAUACAAGAGAAAUUGUGUUGAACAAAUCAGGUUGUCCUUAUGAUUAUUUAUAUGCAUAAUAAAUUACGUUGGAUUGUAACAUAUUAUGGUUAAUAAACUGUAUGUUGGCAUAAAGGAAAGUACAA